UUGAGGCGGGCACGGCGCGGCGCGGCGGGCAGCGGGGCCGGCAUGCGGGAGCUGGCGGCCGGCCUGAAGAUGGAGUGCGACAUCUUGGACGCGCUGGAGGCCCUGGGGUACACAGGUCCCCUGUUAGAGGAGGAAGCCCUGAACAAAGCAGCAGAAAAUGGAUUGUCUUCACCAGAAUUUUUUGAGCUUUGUGUCUGGUUAGGUUCCCAAAUAAAGUCACUUUGUAAUAUGGAAGAAAGCAUCACUUCAACAGAUGGUGAUAAAGAUGUAGAGAGUUUCCAGCUUGAGAUUAGUGGCUUUCUGAGAGAAAUGGCUUGUCCCUAUUCAUCACUUGUAUCUGGAGACAUCAAGGACCGAUUAAGAGAGAAAGAAGAUUGUCUUAAACUCCUCUUAUUUCUAAGUACAGAACUUCAGGCUUUAAAGAUACUGCACAGCAAGAAAACAAAAGACUCUCACUUAGAAAAGCACAAUGAAAUUUAUCAGGAAGUGAAAGCUAUUUGCGAUGCACUGGGCCUGCCAAACUCCUCAUCUUCUGAUAUUCCUCCCUUGUUAACCAACGUGGAACAAAAGAUAAAGGACAUUGUCUCAAAAGUUCAAAAUAACCAUGUGGGGAAAUCACUGCUAACAAAACCUCUGAAUUCUGACCAAGUGGAAAGAUUGGAAAAGAUCAAUGAUGCUCUUCGGAGUGAGUAUGAAUGUCGUCGACGUAUGUUAAUGAAGAGGCUAGAUGUGACGGUACAGUCUUUUGGCUGGUCUGAUAGAGCAAAGGUAAAAACAGAUGAUAUAGCACGAAUCUAUCAGCCCAAGCGCUAUGCAUUAUCUCCAAAGUCAACUAUUACAUUAGCUCACCUUCUUGCUGCUCGAGAAGACUUAUCAAAGAUCAUAAGAACAAGUAGUGGCUCAACGCGGGAAAAUACAGUCUGUGCGAUCAACAAGGUUCUGAUGGGGAGAGUACCUGACCGCGGAGGCAGACCAACAGAGAUUGAACCACCUCCUCCUGAAAUGCCUCCUUGGCAAAAAAGACAAGAAGGCCUCAUCAGCAGAGGAUCCAGAGUGGUUCCCUAAAGAAAGUACACAGAGAUUGCUUACUACUAUAGCAGAACAAGAAUAAACAUUUCCUUCCCUUAUAGGAAUAACUGUAAGCAUACUGCUGAACUGGUACCUCUACCCUUACUGCCAGAGAAAUCAGUAUCACCAACUUUCUCCUCUUCUAUGAUUGUACAUUUCCCUAAGGAAAAAAAAAAUCUUACAAUAUUAUGCAUUUACAAUUAACGGAAUUCUCUACUUAGUUGUUUGAGAUAUAUAUGAAAUAUGUUUUUAACGGAGGUAUUUAUCUUAUCUAACAGACUUACUGUAAGCAAAUGAACAAGGUCCAUAUUAGCCUCCAGGGGAAGUGGCAUUUCCUGGAGUUGUAUCAGCUCAUUUAUGUGGUUAUACAGAGAGUAUAAUUUGUAUAUGUUAAUUUUUUUGUCCUCUAAGUAGUUUGGCAUGCCCUCAUAAAGUGAUAUCAAGUCUUUCAGGUGGACACCAAGGAUAGGGAUCUUAAAGUUACUGCACUCGUUAUAGGCACGUCGGUAACUAUCAUAAUUUCUGUAAGAUGAAAGCAGUUCUGUCAUUUCAUUAAACACCUAAAAAUAAAAAGAAAACAAGAAAAUGAAAA